CAUCAUUCACAUCUCGUGUCUGGAUUCUUCAAUAUGUUCUCUCAAAUAGUAACCCUGUGCGCUGUAGUGGCUGUGUCCUCAGCAGGACUCUUGCCCGCAGCCGUACACUACUCCCCCGCGUCUGCUGUCUCCUCUCAAAGCAUCGUACGCCACGACCAGCCAGCCUUAGCCGCUAAGCUCCUCGCCCCAGCCGCCGCCCCCGUCGCCUACAGCGCACCCCUGGCCGUCCACGCGCCCGCCCGUUACUCAUCUGCCGCCGCUGUUUCAUCUCAAAACAUUGUGCGCCACGAUGCUGCCCCAGUUGCCAAGCUGGCUGUAGCCGCUCCGUUGUCUUACGCUGCUGCCCCGGCGCCGAUCGCGUACCACGCCGCACCUGCCCGCCUCGCCUACGCCGCACCUGUCGCUAAAGUUAUCGCUCAACCUGAGGAAAUCGCUUACCCCAAGUACGAGUACUCAUACUCCGUCGCUGACGGCCACACCGGCGACAACAAGUCCCAGCAGGAGAUCCGCGACGGCGACGUCGUCAAGGGAUCUUACUCCCUCCACGAAGCCGACGGCUCCAUCAGAACCGUGGAGUACACCGCCGAUGACCACAAUGGAUUCAACGCCGUCGUACACAACACCGCCCCAGCUCACGCUGUCGUCAAGGCCGCGCCCGUGCUCGUCAAGUCAGCCUACGCCGCUCCCGCCUACUACCACUAAGCGAUCGCUUUACCCUCCACUUUUGAUAUGAUUGUUGACUGUUUAUUUAUUUAAAAAUAUACAAAUAAGUUUAAUGA